CACUUGCAAGAAUAAGUUCUACGAGACAACGUUAUCUGUUAAUAUCAUUCUUUAGAUUUAUUACAACCACAAUGCGAAUUCAUUUUUCAUUUGGAAGGUAUCUAUUGCCCAUUCUACAUUUGAUAAUUAAUGAAAUUGGUGUUACAAGGGAAGACGGGCUUAUUGAAAACCUUCCAGCUACUAUAACAAUUUCUGAGCAUGCGUCAGGAGGAUGCGCUAUUUAUAGAUUGAAACUCUUCGAAGAUGUAUUUUCAGCUGUUAACGUCUUCACCUUUAAUGCCUAUCCACAGGAAUCGGAACAACUGUUCUUUUAUGACGCAAACGGAACAAAGCACCACUGUCGAAGCCGAAGACAGGGACGCGGGAGAUAUCAUGACAUACUCGCUGCAAAAUGUCGAGUCUUCAGAAAAUCUUGUAGUUCCUUUUCUGAUGAACCAAACAACAGGGGAAUUAAUCUUAGAGGCGAACUACGACGUCGACCAUGGUCAGCAAUCAACGUUUUAUUUGAAAUUGACUGCAACGGAUUCAGGAAAUUUAAACGCGUCUACGAUUGUUUUUGUUAGCAUUCAGAAUAUUAACGACAACUCCCCUACGUGUAGACAUCAAACGAUUUAUUGCCCUUUGUGCGUGCCACUCGGAGUUCCAAUUCUGAACUUGACAGCAGACGACGUGGAUGGGUCUUUGGUCUCGUUUGCAUUAUCAUCUUAUAAUUCAUCUACGAAUGUUAAGCAGGGGAAAAUGGAGACAGAUUACGAAAGUAACAUUUUCUCAUUAUCAGUAAACGGCAGUCUUUUCCAGAACCGCAACACGUCUAGUGGAAGCUAUCAUUUAAAUAUAAGUGUGGUGGACCCAGAUGGUCUAAGAGGUCGUUGUGUUGUCACUGUUCACGUCCUUCAGUGUGAUGUCAGUAAUUCUUCUGACAAAGGACAAUCUUUAUUUGAAUCUACUGAGACCGACAGACCGGACUGUAAACAUGACGUCACCCUGAUGUGGGCGCUUCCCCUUUGCAUUGUUAUUUCCGUCGGUGUCACUUUGACGCUUACUUCCUAUGUCUGGAAAACCAAACACAACCAGAGUGCUAAGGUUCAUCCCCAGAAGGACUAAUUUCUGUCCUUUACGUGAAGACUAUCACAUUCAGUUUGAGUGUAAAUGAAUUGUCGGUGAACGCUAGAAAUGAUGUUAGAUCAUUCCUUAAGUAAAUAUAAUUCUUAUAAAUGAGUUACAUUUAGCAAUUCUUAAGCGUUCUAGAUAAGGAAGCACACUUCAACUAACGCUUCCCCCAAUCUAUCUUUGUUUACAAUUGUUAUUAAUAAUAAGCUCCCAAAAUGCAAUCAGCAAUAUUAUCACCAAAAACGUCUUCAAUAAGUUGUACUAUAGUCCAUAGAAUAAAUUGACAAGUAUGUUGCUUUAUUGAAACAAUACAAUGCCAUAGUAAAUGAAAAUAUCAGAAACGUUGUUUUUCUUUAUAGUAAAUAAAUAAUAAUUUUUUUUAAAAAUCAAAACUAAUUUUUCAACAAAUUCUCAACGCGUUUAGAAAAGCCUUUGUUGUGUACUCACUUGGAAAGAACAUAUCGGCAAUAUCUGCUGGUUUUACAAACGACCGAGAGACACCCUUGCUUUAUGUACAGUACACGACACGAGUUUUAAGCGUGUUCCACGCAACGCGGUGGAACAAAUUUGCCCCAAACACGGUGGACCUUUAAAAUUGUCGGCACCUUUGAAGUCCUAUUUUUCCGCGCGAGCUAGACAUUGAAGUCCACGGAGGAUCUCCGUGGAUGCCACCGCGCAUAUCCGUGGUGUCACCUGUACCUCCGUCGAUGCCACCGUGUACCUCCGUGUGAUAAAACAAAGAAAUAAUUUCCGAAAUGAUUCACCCAAAAAACCUUUUCGCUUGGUCAGCAUGCAUGCCCCCACCCCAUUACUUAUUUAGAAAUUAGCUAUAAAUCAUUCAAUUCUUGUAAUUGUUGUUUAAUGAUACGUUGGUGUUUUCGGUACAUAUCCGUAUGUAGACUUCCCAGCAGACGUUCACACCUUUUUAUGAAACGCCCAAAUUCUCGACAUCCUGUAUAUAAACACCUGUGUUAUACCUACCACUCGUCGGUACAUUGUUUCACAGCACGUGCAUGCAGCACAAUUUCACCAAAUAAAAGAAGGGUCAUGAACAACGACAAUCACAUGCCAGUAAUUUCAAUUUGAUAAACAGCAGUUCAAAGAAAUGUGUACCAUAAGCAAUAGUUUAUUUUUACGUAAAUUUUUCAUUGUAAUUAGGAAUAUGUGAUUAAGGUCAGCUAUAUACAAGUACAUGUUUACAUUGGAUAUGAAUUUCAUUAUGUACUCAACUGUGAAGCAAUGUGAGCAAAGAAUCAAAUUUUUAUCACCUAAACAAAUAAAUACAUAUUAAAAAUAUCUUUACUUUUAAACAAACCUUUAGAAAACUCCGUACUUUCAUUAAGAAAAUAAUAAAAUAAAAUGUACUCCCCUACCUAGAAUACCCAUACUUCACAUUAAUAAUAACACAGUUUUUUAAGUUUUUUUUUUCUAACUUGAUAAAUACUUUAUUACACGCAUGUAUUAUUUACUAAAUGUAUAUAUAACAGCUUUUUGUCUUAUAUUUUUGUAUACCAUUGCAUAAUGGUGAUGAGAUCCAAUAAAUUGAAUUGAGUACAUGUAGUCUUGAAAUAUCACAAAGUAAAGAGUUGACAACGAUUGAAAUAAAAAUGCAGACGUUUUCUCGUUUAUUCAGUAACUCAAUAACUUGCGCAUCUUCUGAAUGACAGUUGUAAAACAAACGUACUAGGUUUUGGUCAGUUAUAAUAUAAUACGGGGGUAAAAAUUUUCUAAUCUCCGCUAACAAUGGGUUUUGAGUCAACUGUGCCUUCGUGGACGAAUAAUCUCGGCUAGCGAAGAUGGGAAAAAAAAGCCUAGAUAGUCCGCUUGCAUUAACAUGUAUUAUGAAGGUGCAAUCGAAGAAUUAUCCAGUAAAUCCAAUGAUGUUGCAGUAUAUAUAGCAUGUAUUUAUUUCAUUUUUGACUGAGAGGGAGAUAGACAGCUAAGCACGUAACAUCGUUUUAGAAGGGGGGGGGGGGCUCAUUCAUUAGUCCUAACCCGGACCAGCCAAAAAAUUUAACAUUGAAAGAAAACAAAAUGGGAAAUAAAAAAAAAUAUCAGAAUGAAAGGGGAUGGAUAAUUAAUCAGAAAGAAAUUGUACUUUCAAGAUUUAUACUGAACGUAUUAAACUUCCCGUAUCUGCAUACAUUCAUGAAUAUUAUAAUCAAUGAUUACCAAUGCUCUCUCUCUCUCUCUCAUUAUCUAAUGCAUCUAAAGAUUAAAUUAAAGAUUUUAAUAAUCGAUAGCGUAUAUGAACAAAAGCAAAUAAUCGUUAAGUCAUUUCUGUUUAUAUGUAUAUUAG